GGGGGUGGGGUGGGGGAGAGGAUAGUGUAGGCAGAAAAGUUGGAAUAUGUGAUGUAAUGUUUCCCUUUCUCUUCAAUGUGAAGAUUUUUAGUCUGAUUCUUGCACUGUUUUUUUAUCUCAAUCAAAUUUUCCCAGUUGGUGAAUUGGGAUAAAGUUUGAGUCUUUGCCCAUUUGGGCCUCCAAGAUUCCUCCAAAAACUGUUAAAAAUUGGUGGUUUUUCUUCAAGAAUGUGGGCUUCUUCGCAUUUCUUGGGGAAAUGUGGUUUGCUUUCAGGUUUCUGCUUUAUUCCCAGGGCUUGAAGUUCUCUGCUCCUUGUGUGAAUUCUUGAGCCCUUGAAGAGUUUUAUGUUUGGUUUAUCACCUGUUUUCAGCUCUAUUUGUGGUGGGUUUUAGCAUGGUGAGAGCUCUGUUUUGUUGCUUCAAGUUUUGCUUUCUGCUUUGAUAUAUGUGACAAGGGUUUGAGGUUUGUAUGGAGAGCAGAGGAGUUGUGCUUGGUAAAGCCCUGUUAAAUAUGUUUGUGUUGUUGAUUUUCUGGCUGAAUUUCGUGGCUGCUGAGUGCUUGGAUAGAAUGAGCAAACAUGUCUCAAGUGAGAAUUCAUCUCAAGUUGAAACACCCCACUUCAAGAAUAGGUUCAGGAGGAUUGUUUUGAGCAUAGGUUUGGGAGUGGUGACAGGGCUGAUUUGUGCCCUUCUCUUUGCUUUGCUGGUCAGAUACUUUGUCAAAUACAUAAACAGGACCCCAAUUCUCAAAGGCCCUGUUGUGUUUUCUCCCAAGAUUUCUCCCAGGACACUUAAAUCAGCUCUUUCAAAUGAACCCCAGCUGCUGGGCUCAAGCUCCUGCGGGAAGUACUAUAAGGCUGUUCUUGACAAUGGCCUUACCGUUGCGGUCAAGCGACUCGAGCCCUUUACAGGUACUUCCCCCGCCGGGGUUCAGAACAAGGCGAUGAAGAGGAAAAUACAGCAAGAACUUGAGGUUCUUGCUGGCCUUAGACAUAGGAAUUUGAUGAGUUUGAGGGCUUAUGUAUGUGAAUCUGGUGGAUACUCUUUGGUUUAUGAUUACGUCCCGACCGGAAGUCUUGAAGAUGCAAUGAAAAAAGUAAGGGAAAAUCAGUUGGAACUUAAGUGGGAAUUCCGUCUUCGGAUUGCUGUUGGGAUAAUUAAAGGGCUAUAUUAUCUUCAUUUCGCUUGUGAUCCAAGAAGAUUGCACUAUAACUUGAAGCCUUCCAAUGUAAUCUUGGAUUCCGAAUUUGAGCCGAGGUUGGCGGAUUGUGGAUUGGCUACAAUUAUUCCCAAUUUUCAUCGAGCAGCAUCUGGCUAUAAUGCGCCAGAAUGCUUCCAGAAUUGCCGGUACACUGAUAAGAGUGAUGUCUUUAGCUUUGGGGUGAUACUGGGCAUUCUAUUAACCGGUAGAGACCCAUUGGAUCCAUUCUUCAGUGAAGCAGCCAGCGGAGGAAGUUUGGGGCAAUGGCUCCGGCACCUGCAGCAAGCAGGUGAGGCUCGGGAAGCUCUAGACAAGAGUAUCCUUGGCGAAGAAAUGGAAGAAGAGGAGAUGCUAAUGGCUGUCAGAAUCGCCGUCGUGUGCCUAUCCGACUUGCCUGCCGACCGCCCCUCAAGUGACGAGCUCGCCUCUAUGCUCACUCAACUCAAUAGUUUCUGAAGUGCAUGAUGAUUCUGGGUGCCUUCAUAUCUUCUCGGUUCUUGAAGACUGCAUAACAAAGAGCUUUUGGUUGUUCCCCCGGCUACCACAGGAACAAGAAUUGCAUAUAGGUUUGCCGGGGAAGCAACCGAUAAGCUCCAGCCACGGUCGCUAUCCGGAAGUAUGGUUUCUUCACGUCUAAGAUGCACAGACGGAGUAGGCUUGGAGCGAAAUACAAGACAUGUUCAUGGAGUUGUUCUGUUGCUGAGGAAGUUGGAUGUGAAUUCCCUUUGAAAUUUUGAAUGGUGUGGAAGGUUGGAGGGAGACAUGUGCAUUAAUGUGCUUUAGUUGGUAAUGGUGGUGGGGUUUUCUUUACUUUGUUUUUGUGUGGACAGCUAUUUUGGGAUCUCAUGUCCUUUCACAUUUUCACCCAUUGCUCACAAUCACCUCAAGGAAUUUUCAAAUUUUGAUAUCUGUUAGAGAUGCUUAUUGAGAGAAUUUCUGGGUAAGUUUGUAAUAUCUUGAAGUUUUUGGUGGAAUUUGUAAAAAGAGGGAUUUACAAAUUUGAAAGUUAAUAUGCUAUGAUCUUGUUAAUGUCUUCAAUAA